AUGCGGCGUUCACUUCUUAAUUUACGCGAAGGGCAGAACUGUGGUGCGCAGGAAGAAUUUAAAUGCCCCAUGUUGAGGCUGCCCUCGUGGGAUCAGCCGGCCCUCAUCAAUUGGGAGCCGCUGGAGCCACCAAGCCCAUACCUCCCUGUCGUGCAAAAGCGUGUGUACCCUUCUGUCGUUAGCGGUUUGGUUGGGACAGUCUCCAUGUCAAGAAGCAUGGAAAAAAGUGAGUUGAUGAAUCAGCCAGAAGCGGCUGCGGCAGAGCCAUCGCACGAGAUGAGGUUUGUGGAAGAAAGGGCUGCGCAGCUUCGCCUAUUUAAGGAAGAAACCGAGGAGAGGGAAACCAUUAUUUUCUCUGAGCAACUUGAAUCGACUCGCUUGUGGGUGGGUUUUCUUCGGGGCGUCAGUAUCCUUCUUCAGGUAGAUAUUCAAUCUGCAGAAGAAGAUGUCCGAGGUAUUUAUGAGCGCGAAGAAGGCAGACAGCGCAUGUGUUACAUGAUUGAAAAAGAUACAGUCGCCCGUCUUAUUCGACAACGUAUGGAGGAUGACAUGCGGAAAAGAAUUUCGAAUUUGAUGCCAUCGUACGAGGAGGUCCGGAAGAGCAUUGUUGGCGAGGAAGCCAAGGAGUUAGAGGAAAUAUUGGAUUGGUUCAAAAAGAAGCGUCCGUUUGGAAUGCGUCUUCCCAUGUUCUUGGGCGGUGAACGGGGUCGAAUAAACCCAAAGAAACCCGCGGGACGAAAUACAAAGGCUCGUGACGGACGCCGACAGGCAAACCGUUUCUCCAAAAAUCAGCCGAACGUUCACUCUGAACUGGACUCGUGGCCGGAUGCUUUUCCCGAAGCCUCCUACCUGGAGGAGGGUAGGAGGGCAUGGUCGUACAUCAAAAUGAUAAAAUACAGUCAAGAAAAGGGCAUCUCCUCAACGGAGGAUAUUGAGGAGCCGGAGACGGCUGCCCGUGUGGAAAUUUUUGCGCAAGAGGCGGGCGAAUGGCUUUCCAUUAUGGCACGUUUUGUGAAUGAGUACUAUAAGGCAAAAAAACUGGCGCAAGAACGAGAUAGGGAAGAAUUGAUAAUGAUGGAAGAGCAGCUAAAAGAAAUGCAGAGGCGUGAGGCUAUACUAGCGAGGCUGGAAAAUGAGGCUGCUAUCGACUGUGAGCAGAUUAUGUUAGAAGAACUAAAGGACCGAGAAAGUCAGUGGAUGGAACAGGGGAAUGAAGAAGACAACAACUUUGCCGAGAAUGAAACUGAAGUGCGGCAGCGGCAUGACCCUGCAUUUGGUGCGGGCAUUUGCCAACCCCAGGAUUUGGGGCCGUGCACAGACGCCGUGGCACGUGAUGAGGAAAACGGCUUGUGGGAUAUUGAUUCCGAAGGGCCGCCACUGUAUCCAAUGUUAGGUGUCGUGUUUCUUAGUGCACUUGAACGUGACUCCUAUGCAGGGCUUCGAACUCCUUUUCUUUCAGCUCUUGCAGAAGCGCAAUGUAUGCUCGCAGCCUGUGAGGGGCGCAGUGCAGGUAUUGCAGCCGAAAUUUUUGCCUCUGCCAAUUGCGUGCCGUUUUGUCCGGUGUAUCUUUUGCAAGGCCUUUGGUGGUCUUACACCUCCGGCCACAAGGCCAAAUGCCCGGGUGUGGCAAAUGACGCUGAAGAGAACGUUGCACAGCUGCACCGAUUGGUGAGUCUUGAAACGGAGGCCCGGUUGGGACUUUUGAUGGAUCAGAUGGCCGCAGCGUGGAAAUUAUAUCAAAAAGCGGCAGAGGAGGCGAGCAUUAUUAGCAACACAAGCCGUGGCGAGGUCUAUUAUGUAGGUGUCCGUAUGCCAAUUGACUUUUAA